AUGUCUUUGCCAGUGGACAAAGGAUCCCACGAGGAGCUCGCCAACGCUGCCCUCAAAGUCCAAACGAAACCUUUGUGGACAGUAAUGGCUCAAAUGAACCCCCCAACGCCGAAAGCUAUCUGUUCUCCGUGCGUGUGGCGAUACGAUGAGAUUCGACCCUGUCUCCAAUGGGCCGGGGAGCUAGUCACCGGACAGGAAGCAGAAAGACGGACGCUGAUGUUGGUGAAUCCUACCCGGGACCCACCUUACACCACAGAUACUCUGUCCGCAGGCCUUCAGUUAGUGAUGCCCAAGGAGGUCACACCUGCUCAUAGGCACACCGCCUUCGCAAUGCGGUUUAUCAUCGAGGGACAAGAUGGAUUUACAACAAUACGUGCGAGUCGAAUCCGCAUGCAGCGUGGCGAUCUAGUCCUCAAUCCAACAUGGAAUUGGCACGACCAGGGUACAGAUGGAGACAAACCGAUCAUCUGGCUUGACGGUCUGGAUGUGCCUACCUUUAGGCAUUUCCCAGCGCACUUUGUCGAACAAUAUCCGUCGGACACAUAUCCUCAAGGAGACGCCGUUGAUGACAGUCCCAACCUACAUCCGUGGGAGGAUAUGCAAAAGAAGCUGGACAAAAGUCUGGGGGAUUGGACAUCGGAGGACUACUUGAGGCCAGACGGCAAACCAGUGUCCAAAACCCUUGGAGGGGCUGCCGAGCGUCUGAAUGCAGGCUGUACAUCUCCCACCGUCCGGGAGACAGCUUCAUCCGUCUACCAUGUCGUCUCCGGGCAGGGCUACUCGGACAUCGACGGGGCGCGUUUCCAUUGGAAACAGGGUGACACUUUCUGUGUUCCGGCGUGGAAUGAGUACAAACACACUGCGGAAGGGACCGACCCGGUGUAUUUGUACAGAUUCCACGACAAGCCCAUGUUGACCGCGCUCGGAAUUUAUCGCGUUGAUGGCUGUGAUCUGGAGAGCUUGGUGUCUGAGUGA